AUGGAAGUCUCGCCCCUUACCCAGCAAGCCAGACCAAGCUCAUUCCAGCCGAAGAUCAUUGGUCUUUACGACGACCUCUUCAAACAAGAUGAUGAUGACUUGGCGUACUCAGACGCUUUCUGGGGCGAGUUCUUCCUUCUUCGACCAGACAAAGCAGGCCUAGAGCAGAGGCUAGACGGGUUGAUUACAGAUGACCUGCUACAUCUUCAACAUGAAACUCGACAGCUGUUUGUACGAGCGGUCUCUCAAGUCAAACACGGGAGAGCUCCGUCAGACGAAAAUGCGCUUGAUACUUUGACAGUCUUCUUAGGGAUCAUUUUGACGAAGCGUUACACUAAUCCGAGUGCCGACAUCAUUACUGUGCUUGCUGGUCUUGACGAGGUCGAUGCUGUCUUCUCCGAAUUCGCAAACGCCAUUGAAAGCAUCAUACGCACUGGAAGAUCAGCGGAGAUUCGCAGCAAGGCUAUCGAUGUUGCUCUAUCAUUGACUUCAGGGGCGUAUCAGACAAGCCUCGUAUCAUACUUUGCCCACCGAGAUUUAUUUCCAGCUUUAAUCAAGUCUAUACAAGACUCUGAUAAUCCUGAGCUAGUCUUCAAGCCGUUCCUUCUCUUGGGGUUACUAGCAAACUACAACAAAUUUGAGUUUCGAAAUCCCUAUCGGCUGCGGCUUGAAGACUUUGUGAAUGAGAGCGCAAUACAGAAGAUUGCACAAGGAAUAGGCUUUGCAUGCUCGCAAUCCAGGCAUCUCUAUGUUGCCAUUCAAGAGGAUGUUGCAGAGGGCUGGACGGUCGGCAGCACCUUGGCAUACAUUGGUCUCGGUGUGCUUGCCCCUAGUAAAGGAGCAGCACCCGCACAGCCAAAAGCCGAUGAUAUAAAGGAGGGGUUCGCAGUUUUACCAAACCCUGGUGCCGCCGUCCUGCUGGGUGUCUAUGAUUUCACAAUUGCCAACAAAGUCUUCUGCUCCAAUCUGGUCUCCUGUACAUCUACUUCAAAGAUGGUGGAAGCCCCCUUUUGCGCAUUUCUAUCCUAUACAUCAUACCUCGUUCAUCAUGCUUACCGCUCCCCUAGAGCUACAAUAUACGGGCUAUUAAAUUUCAUGAUCCUCCGCAUCAUCAUCGAAGAUCUGGCUUUAUGCAAGGUUCUCUGCGACCCUGAAACUUUAGUCUCCGUUCGUCUCUGCCGGCAGCGCCAACCACUUCUUCCAGCAACACCCAAGUCUCGCCCUGCAGCAGCCCCAAUCCUCGACAUACUUGUGGACAGCAUCAAUCACAACCUUCGCCGGCACCUCGAUAUACCACUCUACAUCUCCUGCAUCGGUCUCAUUCAUCGCCUACUUUCAUAUCUUUCCUUCACCCGCACACGGCUUACAUAUCACUGGUCACUUCUAUGGCAGACUCUUCUCUCUUUCCUACGCUUCCUGACAACCUACGCGCCUUCGCUUACAGUCCAGGACCCAGAUCUCCCUCUACUCAUCAAUCCUUUCCUUACCACUCUUGCGCUAGCAGUCACUUCGGGAGAAUCAUUUCUUCCUGAUCCGGCCGCUUACGAUGAUUUGUUCUACAAGCUCGUCGAAGCCGGCGACUAUCUCUCUCGCUUCAAGAAGGCGUUUCGCAUGUAUCUUACACAUCCGAGCGAACCCAUUGGCGUUACGUCGAAUGUUCCAUCGACGGCACCGAUCGAUAUCCUCAUCCAGGUUGCAGCUCACUAUCACGACUUGGUCGAAGCUGAGAAUGGCAAAGGGCGCAUGGGCAACAACAUGAGUCCAAGGGAAGUGAGCAAGGUAAUUCGACAGGGCUAUAACACAUUGAGUCUACCAGCCAUGGAAGGAUUGGAUAGGUGGGAUAGAUUCAGAGAAGGAGAUGAAAGAGGCAUGUUGAAACGAGUGGCCAGGGUCGCGGUUGAGGACACUAAGAAGCUGCUGCGUGCGUCUUAA